CAAAAUGUGUGCGGGCACACUGAUUGUCGCCAUCGUAAGUUUCCAAUAAGCCGGAAAAACUAAGCAUUUUUCACUAUCGCGCGAAAGCUUGGAGGACACACUACGAAUAAAACGAGCCUACAUCCACGGAAUAAGUCUGCCCUUUCUUUCGGGAUUCAUAGUGGAGUAGCCGUUUAAAGGCAACUCAGUUGGCGCGACGAUAUAGAUCAUAAUAAAAGGGCGCAUUGUUUACUAUUAUUACAGUUCCAUAUUAAAAACAACGCUAUAGUAUUUUUCACCAGGCUGAUCGCACCGCUAAAAGUGCUUAAACUGAUAUGCUCCGUGGAAACAGUGUAUCAGAACUAGCUAUCAAUUUCAACGGGACUGGUAAAUCCGAUGUCAAAAACAAUCUUGAAAAUAAAAAUAAAUAACAACAUUGAAACCAAUGUAUCAAAAAAAAAAUAUAUAUAUAUAUAAAAAAACAAUGCUGGUCCAAAAACUAAAUAACGAGAAACUACUUCAUUGACGCCUGCAACACCACCGAUUGUGGCUGCUGAUCGUCGGCAAAGAAAUUCCAAGUUGCUCGGCUAUUUCCUCCGACGCAACAGCAUUUAGUGCCCGCACAUUUGUGUAUAAAAUCACUUUGCACUGUGAAGCCACUUUUUUGUUGGUCGACUCUCGCAGUAUGCGUACGAAACGGGCACUCUCUCUCUUUGGCUCUUGUGCAAGAAGUAUGAAGUCACCACAGAAACAUCGCAUAGCAUUACUCAUCACCUAGUCUUUUUUUGCACGUAUAAGUUUUGCAGAAAAAUUAUAAACUUUAGUGAUCGAGCUCCAUCCGAAGCCCAAUCACUCCAUUUGAAAAUAGCCAUUACACACUGAUCGUAAAGCAUAAAAACAUAAAUGAAACUUUUUUUGGGUUAAACGGCUUUUGCGGAUAUCAACUGUCUUUAAGUGGUUUGCGAUCAAAUAUUGCGCCACUCUAUCAUCUAAUCCACACCGCCACUUUUGUAGAAUCAUCAGGAAGGUGAAUAUGAGCCAAAUGAAAAUCGAAUUAUCACACAAUGAAGACCUAGCUAAAAAUGAGUCUGGAAAGAAAAGGUCUUUCAUAGCUGUUCGAUGGACACUACUUGAAGCUAAAGCUAUAGGAAAACCACAACAUUUUUGUAACAAGUAUAAAUGAAACUUGUUUGGGUUAAACGGCUUUUGCGGAUAUCAACUGUCGUAGUUACUUUGCUGCUUUUGCAAAGAACAGAUGCAGACAUUCCCGACUGCGAUUAUUACGACACUGUCAACAUUUCGGCAGCUCAAAAGCUACCGAAUGGAUCGUACUUAUUCGAGGGGUUACUCGUUCCGGCCAACUUGACGGCCGAAUAUGAGUUCACGAUCCUACCGGACGACUCGAAGCAGAAGGUGGACAAACACAUUAGAGGAUGUGUGUGCAAGCUGAAGCCCUGUGUCAGAUUUUGCUGCCCUCACAACCACAUAAUGGAUAUGAACGUUUGCGCUGGAGAUAUGACCGAGGAGGAGCUGGAAGUACUCGAUCCUUUUCUUAACGUCACUCUUGACGACGGGUCGGUGGUCAGGAGGCAUUUUAAAAAAGAACUAAUCGUCCAGUGGGACCUACCGAUGUCGUGUGACGGAAUGUUCUCUCUAGACAACCGGGAAAACACCGAUCAAUACACGUUGUUUGAGAACGGAAGUUUCUUUCGCCACCAUGACCGCGUCACGCUUAACAAACGGGAGUACUGCCUUCAGCAUCUUACCUUCGUAGAUGGUAAUGAAUCGUCUAUUCGAAUUGCACCUCACAACUGCCUAAUAUCGCCAUCCAGAAUGGGUCAGACGGUUGUGAUGAUCACUUCGCUGGUAUGCAUGGUUCUAACGAUCACCGUUUACCUCUUCGUUAAGAAACUGCAAAACUUGCACGGAAAAUGCUUUAUGUGCUACAUGGUGUGUCUCUUCAUGGCCUAUCUUUUACUUUUGCUCAAUCUGUGGCAGAUGUCCCAAGACUUUUGCAUAACAGCAGGUUUUCUGGGCUACUUCUUUGUCAUGGCCGCUUUCUUAUGGCUUUCCGUCAUCAGUCUGCACCUUUGGAACACGUUCAGCGGCUCUGCCCACAACGCGAAUCGCUUCUUAUCUGAGCAUCGGUUUCUGGCUUACAACACCUAUGUCUGGGGCAUGGCGGUGGUCCUGACUGGAAUCACCUAUCUGGCCGAUAAGGUCGUGGAAAACGAAGAUUGGAAUCCUCGUAUGGGCUUCGGCGGACACUGUUGGAUAUGUACCCAAAGAUGGUCAGCCAUGCUCUACUUUUACGGCCCGCUGGUAUUUCUUAUUGCAUUUAACAUAACCAUGUUUAUCCUGACGGCUAAUCGUAUAAUAGGAGUGAAAAAGGAUAUUCAGAAGUUUGCCCACAGGCAAGAGAGGAAGCAGAAGCUGAAUUCGGACAAACAGACUUACACCUUCUUCCUACGGCUCUUCAUUAUAAUGGGAUUGACGUGGAGCUUGGAGAUAGGCUCCUACAUUUCGCAAUUUAACCAAACGUGGUCCAACGUCUUUCUAGUGGCUGACUACUUAAAUUGGUCUCAGGGAAUCAUCAUAUUUAUACUGUUUGUACUGAAGCGCAGCACGUUGAGACUCUUGAUGGAGAGCAUUAGGGGUGAGGGUGAGGAGGUCAACGACAGCGAAGAAGAGAUUUCGCUCGAGAACACGAAGUAUGAUCGAAAUGUCCUGUAAUAGGAACCAUCCAAAAUACACAUGGACUGUUAUUUCUAAUAGAUCCAUGACAAAUCGGAAUACCGUGGAACAAACCUAAAACAAAUAAAGAACAGAACUCGACUUUCAUAUAAAAGCUGUAUUAAGUAAUUUUGUACACAUAUAUACUACAAACGCUCCGAUCAAAAAUAACGUAUUACCUUACUAACUCUUACUAAAACUUUUCCAUAAUGUUUUUUAACUUUUGAAAAUACAAAAAAAAAAAUUCGGCAUUAA